GAUGCUGUCUCUCAUUCGGCUGCCCCGCCCCGCCGUGACGCCGACCUACCUAGCGGCUGAGGAUAAGAACUUAAUUGGGCUCAACAGGGGGCUCAGGGGCGGCGGGCAGUUGCAAAUUCGUCUCAUGACGGCCGGGAUGGGAUGGCUUUUUAGGGAGGAUGAGCCAAGGAACCGAUACGGAUGCGGGGCAAAAUUUUCAGCGGCCCCGCCUCCAGUCCGUGCUUGCUUGCCCACGCAUUUGCUACCUAUGUAGGUGUUUACAAUGGGCUGACAGGCAAUUGCCCGCCAAUUGCUGCCAUAUUGCCAUCCGCCACGCCUUAAAGGGCGGGCCCGGCGGCCGAUGCUCGGCGGGAGUCAUUCAUUUCUUGACUGCCCAGCCCGAUCGACGAGACUGCCACUCAAAAGACUCUGAAACUGGGGCCGCUGUCAACAAUUUCAGCUUCCACUUCCCCCCAUUCCUCCAUUUCCUCGACAAACUAGUUCCCAAACACCAAACCCAAACCCAGCAAUUAGAACCCGAGCGAGGUCCGACUGCGAAAACCACCCUCCCAACACCGCCAGCAAAUUGCCCACCAUGUCCAACGGCGUCGCGACCAACGGCACUGAGUCCCAGGACCAGACUCACACCCCUUGCCAACGCUAUCUGAGCACCCGCGGUGAGGACGGCGGUCACUCUUUCGAAUACGUCGUCCUCAAGGGUCUCGCCGCCGACGGCGGUCUCUACAUCCCCCAAGAGGUGCCUGUCGUGCCCGAGUCCGUAUGGCAGAGCUGGAAGGACCUAUCCUAUACCGACCUCGCCUACAACAUCAUCUCUCUCUUCGUUUCCCCCUCAGAGAUCCCCGCCGAAGACCUUAAAGACAUCAUCAACCGCUCCUACGCUACCUUCCGCACCCCCGAGGUUACUCCCCUUGUCCACCUCCAGGACAGCAUACAUCUUCUCGAGCUCUUCCACGGCCCGACUUUUGCCUUCAAGGAUGUCGCCCUUCAGUUCCUCGGCAAUCUCUUCGAGUACUUCCUCGUGCGCAAGAACCAGGGCAAGGAGGGAAGAGACAGGUACCACCUGACUGUUGUUGGCGCGACGAGCGGUGACACUGGCUCCGCCGCCAUCUACGGUUUGCGCGGCAAGAAGGAUGUCUCCGUUUUCAUGCUUCACCCCAAGGGCCGUGUAAGCCCCAUCCAGGAGCUUCAGAUGACCACUGUGCUCGAUGCCAACGUUCACAACCUCGCCAUCACCGGCAACUUCGACCAUUGCCAGGACAUCCUCAAGUCUCUCUUCGCCGACCCCGAGAUCAACGCUACCCACAAGCUCGGCGCCGUCAACUCCAUCAACUGGGCCCGUAUCCUUGCCCAGACCGUGUACUACUUCUACUCCUACUUCUCCCUGGCCCGCCAGUCCGAGUCCUUCAACAUUGGCGACAAGGUGCGCUUCGUCGUUCCCUCGGGCAACUUUGGCGACAUCCUCGCCGGCUACUUCGCUUUCCGCAUGGGUCUCCCCGUCGACAAGCUCGUCAUCGCCACCAAUGAGAACGACAGUCUUGACCGCUUCUGGAAGACUGGCUGCUACACCAAGAAGCCCGUCAGCGGCUCCAAGGCUGAGGGCGGUCUUCCCGAAGACGGCGCCAAGGCGCACGAGGAUGGAGUCAAGGAGACCAUGAGCCCCGCCAUGGACGUCCUGGUAUCGAGCAACUUUGAGCGUCUGUUGUGGUAUCUCGCCUACGAGUUUGCCUCCAGCGCCGGUAUGGAUGACGAGUGGAACAAGAAGCAGGCCGGUCAGGAGGUCAGCUCCUGGCUUACGGAUCUCAAGGUGAAGGACGGCUUCGGCCCCGUCUACAAGGACGUCCUUGAGAGCGCGCGCCGCAACUUUGAGAGCGAGCGUGUCACCGACCAGGAGACCCUCGACACCAUCAAGAGCCUGUACCAGGAGGUUGGCUACGUACUGGACCCCCACACCGCCGUCGGUGUCGAGGCCGCCAGGAGAUCGGUCAAGCGCGCCGGUGCCGACAUCCCCCACAUUUCCCUAUCGACAGCCCACCCCGCCAAGUUCUCUGGCGCCGUCAACCUUGCGCUUCAGGACCAGCCCGAGUUCGACUUUGAGGCCAAGGUGCUACCGCAGGAGUUUGUCGGUCUGGACCAGAAGGAGAAGCGCGUCCAGGAUGUGGCCAAUGACUGGACGGCAGUGAGGGAGGUGAUCAGGGAACAAGUAGAGGAGGAGUUGAAGGCGCUGGAUUCUGCUUAGGCUGUCUUUGAGCGGUGGAACGUUUGCGGAUAGGAGCGAGGGCAGCAAAAAUCAAGAGGUCAUUUAUUACGUUCAACGCGUGUGUAUCGCGUGAGGUUUUCUUUUUGGGAUAAGUUAUCGUUUUGGCUUGGGUUUACACAUUCCAUUUUUAUAGAGAGAGGUUGCAAAAGACAGUUUAUCAUUGUAAAGAUGUAAAGUAUGAGGUGAUGGUUGACCUGCCUUUGCAUUUGGGUAUGUCACAAUGAUUCUUGGAUGAACCAUGAUCGCCACUAGAUAAACGGGGAGUGAGAAAGACGGCGUACCGGGUUAGACGGGUAUGUUAAAAUACCAAUGUUUAGGCGUGCUUUGGUCAUGUAUGUUAUAUAGAGAGGUAAAGAUAUUAAGGAAGGGAAGUGCUACGAAACUGAACUAUGUUGCAGAGGCCUCUUAUUUCCGUCGGAAUGAACCCAAUCUCUCUCUC